UUCAAUAAAUAACUGUUGGACUCAAAAACAGUUAAUUAAUUUACUUAUUUCAACUGUGUUUUAAAAGACAAAUUAUGAGGCUGAGAUAGGCUCUGCGCUGUACUGGAAGACCUCCAGUAGUUUGAUGCCCUACUGGAGACUCAGUCUUCAAUGUAAUUGUCUGGACAGCUAAGAUUUGAAAACCCAUAGGAGAUUUUUGCUUGUAAACUGAAAAACCAGCAAUGAGCUGCUGUAGUCCAAACUUAUGUGGUGGGGAGGUGUCUGUUGCAGUGGGUUACAAGGACAAAGACAAGAAAACAACACAGGCUUCUGCUAAACCAGAUGGUACACAACCAGAUGCCCCCCGGAAACCUGAUGAAACACCAUGUGCACACAACCAACCACCAGCAGUAAAAGAAGGUACACUUUCAAAGCAAGAGCCAUCCCCAAAACCCUUCUCAAGUUUGAUAAAACAUUUUCAGAAACCGCACAUCUCCAGCAUCUUUAGAGGACGUUUUCCUUCACUUCAAGCUAAGCAAGAUACUGCAUCCAAGACUCCAGGAGAAUCUGCUACAGCCCCCUGCAGUGCUGAAAAGUCCUCAGAUCCAGAGUCAGUUGCUAUCACUGCACCUCCUGCCCCUCUGACAAAUGUCAAAGCACAGUCUCCUCAUCACAUGAUUAAGAUGAAAAUUGACCACUCUGGAACGGUCAUUUUGCAAAAAGUUGUUCCAGAUCAGGGGAAAGAAGAAUCCUUUGUGGUUAUGGAAUCAAUGGCUCGUCCAUUAACAACUGAGCAAGCAGCAAACAUCUUUUUUGAGGUUCAGACCCCCAAAAACAUGUCACCCCAGGAGACUGCAAGCAUUGUUACUACAGCUGCUGGACAGGAAGUGCCCACUGUAGCUAUGGAAACACUGCCUGCCAAGCCUGAGCCUGUCGUCAGCUUUGUGAUAAAACAUUUACCGCCAACAUCCAUGUCAAGCCCAAGGCCAGGAAUACUAUCCUAUAUCCCUGCUGAGGUCAGACCUGUCCCUGUUGACACUGCUAAAGAAGAGCCACCAUCACCAGGAACAGAACAGGCUGUGAAAAAAGAGCCAGAUUUGCCGACUGCAAUGUCAGGCAGCAUCCCAGAUGCCUGGAUGGGUCACGAAAACCCGCCAGCUCCAGUAUGGAAGCUCUAUCGCCUGUCAGAUCUCAGAACACCUGAGUUAAACACUCCGGUUUACUCCCAGCAGCCUCUGAGCUGUGUCACAGUACCUCAGUUUGGCCCGCUGCUGAGCCCAAGCCCACCUGCAGUCCAGAGCGUGGGUCAGCUGUACUCCACCAGUGCCAUAAUCCCAUGUCACCAUCCUCAGCUGGUUACACAAUCCAACAUGGUCAUGCAGCCUGCCAUGUCCUCGUUCGUGCCUGUCCAGAGUCGAAUGUCUGGCCAGCAAUUUAUUGUCAUCAAUCCGUUAGACCGGCAGAAACCUCACCCAGCACCCAUUCCUGUUGUUUCCGAUCAAGUCAAUCAAAUCUAUUCCCCAGCCAACACUUUGCCAAGCUCUUCUCCUGCUGACUCGCAUAGCGGCUCUGCCGGUGUGGAAGGUUCAAACAUGGCCAGAGUAACGAGCCUCCUUCCAGGGAAGUCAACAAAUGAUAGCAAUCCUAACAAGACAGGAUAGUAUGCUGCUGUUAUGUGUCAUCCAAAGCUGUCUCAUCCAAAAACUUCAGUUUUUCGCAGACCGUUCUUUUCCUGUACUUGCAAAUAAACAGUUCUGGCAAAACAA